CUGGUUGAAGGCGACUGGGGAUCAGUUCGUGCAUUGUCUGCAGGUCAAUUUCAUUCCGCUAUCCUGAACACUAAAGGAGAAGUAUGGACGUUCGGAUGGGGUGUGUGGGGACAACUUGGGAUAGGAGGCCGUCAGAUUAAGGACUGCUUAGUACCAACCAAGGUGCCCAAUCUGAGCGAGCCAAUCAAGGAAGUUAGUUGUGGACGCGUGCACACUGUUCUUCUCACAGUUUCUGGUAAAGUUCUAGUCGCGGGAAGUGGUAGUUAUGGGCAGUUGGGUACCGACGAGGAUAUCAGAAAGCAAUACGACUUCCGUCCACUACCUAUAGAUCCGAGCCUCAAGGUUUUGUGA